AUGCCUAGUCCCCUCAAAUUAUUAUCAUUAUCUUUUCUUCGAAGUAUUCAUAAGCAACAAAUGACGGAAAUGGAUAAUCAUGUAAAAAGUCUCGGAGAUGAAUUAAGACGAUCAAGAAGAGAGCUGGACGAGUUAAAGCAAAAUGUCACAAAAGUUCAAGAAAAUUAUAGACAGUUGUUAGAUGAGAAAGCAAAAUUACAAAAGGAAAUACUCGAAUUAGUGAAAAAGAAAAGUCAAGAGUUGGAGAAGGAUCAGUGGGAAAAAGAAAACCGAGAGUUGAUCAAAGAGGAAGAGCAGUGGAAAAAGGGGAAACAAAGGUUGAUCGAAGAUAUAGAGCAGUGGGAAAAGGGGAAACAAAGGUUGAUCGAAGAUAAAGAGCAGUGGGAAAAGGAGAAGCGUAAGUUGAUCGAAGAGAAAGAGCAAUGGGAAAAAGAAAAGCGAAGGUUGAUCGAGGAGAAAGAGCAGUGGGAAAAAGAGGAGAGAAAGUUGAUCGAAGAGAAGGAGCAAUGGGAAAAAGAGGAGAGAAAGUUGAUCGAAGAGAAGGAGCAAUGGGAAAAAGAAAGGCAAAUGUUGAUCGAAGAGAAAGAGCAAUGGGAAAAAGGAAAACAAGAGUGGACCAAAGAGAAAGAGCAGUGGAAAAAGGAAAAGCAAGAUUUAAUCAAAGGGAAAGAGCAGUGGGAACAAUGGGAACAGUGGGAAAAUGAAAAACAGAGUAUGGAAAAACAUAUAGAGACUUUAGAACAACACGAAAAAACGCAAAAGGAAACUUUCAUGCAAAAGUUUCAAGAAUUAAAGGAGGUCUAUAGUAAGAAAAUAGAUGCUUUGAUUCAAAGGUUGGAUGAAAAAGGGAGUGAUUUACGUGAAUUAGAAGAGAAAACUGACGAGUUCCAAAGGAAAGUAAUUAGAUAUCAAUCAUCACUUGAUGUUCCAACGAACGUUCGCCUAGGUGACAAUGACUGGAACCAUCCGGUUCAAUUAAAACGCGAUAUUGAAAAUCUACAAAACAUAUUGGAAAAUUAUGUAACACAUUUGAAACCUAAUAUGAAUAUCGACGUUAAAAAAGUACGAAUGCUUGCAAAGGAGUAUGAUUGCAUAAACGAAAUUACCGAAGAAAAUCUAAAUAAGCCCUUCAUUAAAACAAUUUUACAACGCAAGGCAUUAGACCUAGUGUUAUCUUAUCAGCCAGAGUUACUUAACCAGCAAGGAAAAGACUACGCACUUGAAACAGAUAUUGAAAUGAAAAUGAAAGAAUUAUUAGAUCUAAUAAAUGCGUUAUCAAAAACUCGCAAACGAAAUGAUAAAGUAGUCGACACGACGGUAAUAAAGAUACGCCAGCAAGUUUAUGGGGUUCUGGGUAAUUAUGGAUUUAACGAUAUAAUCCGUGAUAAUAAACCCUAUUUGCACGACCUCAUUCAUCGUAUUAGCAAGAAACUUAAUGCCAUAAUGAGUGAAUAUCGUAAGAUUAACGAUGUUAAUAUGAAAACCCGAGUCGAAUCGAUGGCGCCAAAACUUGUUCGAGAUAUUUGUAAAUUAUUUUGGUUUCGCGUAAACGUUCAAGAGCCUACAAUAGAAAUCUUUUUUUUUCCUAAGGAUACUAUAAUUGAUCAAAAUAUGAUGGAGGGAAAAUGGAAUGACGAUGAAACUAAUCAAUCAAGUGUAGAUGUUUGUUAUUUUCCAAUGUUUAUAUCAGGUAUGCAAUCCUCGGAUAGAAAAAUACACGCGCCCGCAAGAGUUUUUCCACAAAAAAAUUUAAUUUAG